AGGAUGCGUGGGUAUGCCAUCACCGAUGAACGCUGGGGUAAAAUGCUCGUCAGUGACUGGUUGCACAGCUACUUGUAUGCCAGACUCCCAAUUCCCUAAUGGAAAAACUGAACUUAGAGUUCUCUGUCAAAAUGGACAAUGGUUUGCAGAAGGAUUUAGUGGUGUUCCAAACUGUGAACGCAGAUUUGGUUCAUCUGGACUUAGUGGUUCAUCAUCUAGCUCAAGUAGUUCAUCUAUAAUAUCUUCUUCAUCGGGUGGAUCCUCAGGCAGCAUUUCAUUCCAAGGAGGAUGCGUGGGUAUGCCCUCACCCAUGAACGCUGCAGUUAAAUGCUCGUCAUUGACUGGAUGCAGAGCUACUUGUAUGCCAGACUCUCAAUUCUCUAACGGAAAAACUGAACUUCAGAUUAUCUGUCAAAAUGGACAAUGGUUAGCAGAAGGAUAUAGUGGUGUUCCAAACUGUCAACGUGUAUCUGGUUCAUCUGGACUUAGCGGUUCAUCAUCUAGCUCAAGUGGUUCAGGAAUAAUAUCUUCUGGUGGAUCAUCAGGCAGCAUUUCUUCAUCAGGUGGAUCCUCAGGCAGCAUUUCAUUCCAAGGAGGAUGUGUGGGCAUGCCCUCACCCAUGAACGCUGCAGUUAAAUGCUCGUCAUUGACUGGAUGCAGAGCUACUUGUAUGCCAGACUCUCAAUUCCCUAAUGGAAAAAUUGAACUUCAGAUUCUCUGUCAAAAUGGACAAUGGUUAGCAGAAGGAUUUAGUGGUGUACCAAACUGUCAACGUGUAUCUGGUUCAUCCGGACUUAGCGGCUCAUCAUCUAGCUCAAGUGGUUCAGGAAUAAUAUCUUCUGGUGGAUCAUCAGGCAGCAUUUCUUCAUCCGGUGGAUCAUCAGGCAGCAUUUCAUUCCAAGGAGGAUGUGCCGGUAUGCCCUCACCCAUGAACGCUGGAGUUAGAUGCUCAUCAUUAUCUGGAUGUAAAGCUUCUUGUAUCCAAGAUUAUCAAUUUCCUAAUGGCAAAACUGAAAUUAGAAUUCUUUGUCAAGAUGGAAAAUGGCUUGCUGAAGAAUUUAGUGGUGUACCAAACUGUGAACCCAUUUGUUUGCCACAAUGCCAAAACAACGGAAUCUGCUUGGCUCCUAACCAAUGUAGCUGCGCAGAAAACUUUUCUGGACCUCAAUGCCAGUUCGAAAGCAAACCAUGUUUGAACUACCCUCCCAUGCCCAAAAACUCAAAACGAUCCUGCAAUUCCAAAAAAUGUACAAUCAGUUGUAUGAAGGGUCAUGAAUUCCCUGAUGGCUCACAGAUCGCAACCAUGGACUGCAAAAACGGAUUGUGGAUUCCAAGCAAAGAAAAAUGGACUUCUAUUCCAAACUGUCAAGCAACUUGCGAUCCUCCAUGUUUGAAUGGUGGAAACUGCCUUUCAUUCAACGUCUGCCAAUGUCCCCAGGAAUUCAGAGGCCCACAGUGCCAAUACAGUGCUGAAGUAUGUAAUCCAAAGAACAUGGGCUUCAAUGGUGGUUACAAUUGUUCCGGAGAUGCUAACACAUUCUCCUGUGCUCUUAAAUGUCCAGUUGGCAUUGAUUUUGAAUUCCCACCUGUACCUGUAUAUACUUGUGACUACGCUCUUGGAUUCUACUUGCCAGCUCCAAUUCCAGACUGUGUAUACCCUGAUGGUUCCGAAGUCCACUUCAUUCCAGGUACUUCCGAAACACACAUCACAUUCAACUACACCGAAUGGAUAUCCACCAGCGGAGGCAGACUUUUCCUUGAAAGGUUGGAACAAGAACUUUCUCUCGGCGUGAACGUACAUAUUAUUAUACAAAGAAUUCAGGACGAGCUUAAAUCUGGAAAAUUGACCAUUGAACAGAAAACUUUGUUGGAAAAAUGGGAGAAGGAAUUGAGCACUGGAGCAUUGACCGAACAGAAAUUAUUAGAACAAAUCAAGGUUUUCCCUAUGUUUACUGAGUCACCAAGUGGUCUUACUGAAGUGACGGAAAACAUCAUCAUUGACGAAAAUCAUAAGGUCGUUGAAGGUGGUAACGGCGGUAGUGAAAGUAUCAUCGUUGAAACGAAGCUGCCCGCACCUGGUACAUGUUUUGCUUGGGGUGGAUCUCAUUAUAAAACUUUCGACAACAGAAUCUACAGCUUCAAAUCAAGAUGUCCUCACGUUCUAGUCCGUGACUCCAAAGAUAGCACCUUCAGCAUCAUCACUCAAGAUUCCGAUGAGUGUCAAUCAAAUCCAGAACUGUGCCACAAAAACAUUAAUAUUUUCUUGCAAAACGUUAACUACCUACUUUCAAAAACUAAUGAUGGACAACCUCUCUUCAAAUCCGGAGACAAAGUACUCCCAAUUCCUGGACGAGUUCCUGGAAUAAGAGUAGAAAUGGAAGCUCACAAUCUUCUUGUGUCAUUAGAUACUGUUGGAGUUGAAAUGCUUUGGGAUGGAAGGAACCUCAUUCAAGUUGCCGUUAAAGAAAACCUCUGGAAUAGAACGGAAGGUUUGUGUGGUAUUUUGGACGGUGAUGUAAGUACUGAUAUCGUUACCCAAGACGGAGAAGCUACCAAAAAUAUUCUUACCUUUGCCAGCAGCUGGAAAGUUGACUACAUUGGAAACCGAUGUGAGGAUUCACCUUCCGAAGAUGCCGUUUGUACUCACCAACCAGAAAAAGCAGAAAAUGCAACCAAUUUCUGUAAUAAGCUCAUCAAAGACAACAGAUUCAGGCAAUGUCAAAAUCUUUUGGACAUCGGAUUUCUGUAUGAUGCUUGUAGAUCUGAUUACUGUAAUUGCCUCGAUAGUAACGACCCUACUGCAUGCGCCUGUGAUAACUUCGACGUUUACGUUAAGCAUUGUACACUCUUUGGCAUUAAAGGACUAUCAAACUGGAGAGACGAAAAUACUUGCCCAAUGAAAUGUUCAAACGGAAAGAUCUACCAAGCUUGUGGUAGUGUCAACAGACAACCCACUUGUGGAUCUAUCUCCGAAGGAAAAGUGGAAUCUGACGAGAAAUGCGUUGAAGGAUGUUUCUGUCCUGAAGGAACCGUACUUCAUGAAGGAUCAUGUAUCACCAGGGACAAAUGCCCUUGUAUGUUGAGAGGAAAGAGCUUUGAAGCCGGAGCAUCUGUACCAAAAGAUUGUAACACUUGUACUUGUAGCGAAGGGCAAUGGAUUUGUACACAGGUUGACUGUGGAGCUCGUUGUUCUGCUAUUGGAGAUCCUCACUACGUCACUUUUGACGGAAAGAAAUACGACUUCAUGGGCAAAUGUUCCUACUAUUUAGUAAAAGCCAAGAACUUCUCUAUUGAAGCAGAAAACACCCCUUGUGCAGGCUCAAUCUCUCAGGCCAUGAACUUCCCUCUCAGUAUUCUCAGUGGAAUGCCUUCUUGUACAAAAACAGUCACAAUCAGGGUUAAUGAUCAAAUAAUUAAACUGAAACAAAAUCAUGAAUUAGUUGUAAAUGGACAAGAUAUCAUCCAAGUUCCAUUUACUAUUGCUGGAAUCAGGAUAAAGAAGGUUUCAUCCAUUUUCUUACAAACUACUUUACCAAAUGGAAUUGAUGUUUGGUGGGACGGAAGCAACAGAGUCUAUAUAGAUCUUCCUGCUAAAUUUAACGAAGAAACGAGAGGUCUUUGCGGUACUUUCAACAACAACCAAAAAGACGAUUUCUUAACCCCACAAGACGAUGUUGAACAAUCGGUCAUUGCUUUUGCCAACAAGUGGAAGACUACUGAACAUUGCCAAGACCUUCCAGAAGUGGUUCCAACCCACCCAUGCGACCGAAAUAUCCACAGAAGAGGACAAGCUGAAGAAUACUGUGCCAAAAUCAAAUCAGAGCUAUUCAAAGGUUGCCAUUGGUUCGUCGACCCUGAACAAUUCUACAAAGAUUGUCUCUACGACAUGUGCUCCUGUGAAUCCCCUGUUUCCAAAUGUCUUUGUCCAAUCAUGGCCAGCUACGCCAGCGAGUGUUCUCGUCAAGGAAUUAAGGUAGACUGGAGAAGCGAAGUCCGCGAAUGUGGCGUCCACUGUCCAGGUGGUCAGAAAUACCAAGUUUGUGGCGACUCAUGUUCAAGAACUUGUCGCGACAUCUCUGACGAUACCAAUUGUAAACCCCAGUGUGUCGAAGGUUGCAACUGUCCUGACGGUCAGACCUUAGAUGACAAUGGCGAAUGUAUUCCAAUUGGACAAUGUAAAUGUCAUUACCGCGGAAUGGAGUUCCCACCCGGAUAUAGGGAAAUCAGACCUGCUACUAAAGCUCCAGAACUAUGUUCCUGUGUCAGUGCUGUAUGGGAAUGUUUCGAAGCCACCCAAGAAGACAUCGAAAUGUAUCCUAGCUCAGAAUUAGUUCAAAACAAGUGUAAUGCAUCUGCAAACCUUGAAUUCACCACCUGUGAACCUGUGGAACCACUCACCUGUAAGAACAUGCACUCUCCACCACAAGUAUCUCCUGCUAUUUGUCAUUCUGGUUGCAAAUGUAAAGAGGGAUAUGUCCUUGACACGACAACCAAAAGAUGUGUUAAACCUACUGAAUGUCCAUGUCACCAUGCCAGCAAGAGCUACAAGGAAGGUGCUAUUGUCCAAAGCGGAUGCAAUACAUGUACUUGUCGAAAUGGUAAAUGGGGAUGUACUGACCGUCAAUGUGCAGCUGAAUGUAGCGCAUGGGGAGAUUCUCACUACAAAACCUUCGAUGGAAAACGGUUCGAUUAUCAAGGAGAAUGUGACUAUGUUUUGGCAAAAGGAAGCCUUGGACAAGAUUCUUUCCACGUUUCAGUUCAAAACGUACCAUGUGGAUCAUUGGGUACCGCUUGUUUCAAAUCUGUUACCAUCAAAGUUACUUCAGGUGGAUCAUCUGAUGUUAUUACUUUAGAAAAAGACAAACGUUUGCCAAGCCUCAAGACCUUUAAGCAUAUUACUGUUAGAGAAAAGAGUCUGUUUGUUAUCGUGGAGGCUCCCGAUCUAGGAUUUGUCGUCCACUGGGACAGAGGAACUAGAGUAUAUGUCAGAAUCGAUCCCAGAUGGAAGGAUACGACUAAAGGUUUAUGUGGUAACUACAACGACAACGAAGUUGAUGAUUUCCAGACUCCUUCUGGUGGUCUUGCUGAAGUUUCAGCCAAUAUAUUUGGUGACUCUUGGAGAUUACAAUCAUACUGUACUGAAGCUCCAGAAAUUAAGGAUACCUGCGAACAACGACCAGAUCGUAAAGUCUGGGCUACCAAGAAGUGUGGUGUAUUAAAAUCAUCACUUUUCUCCCAUGUCACUCUGAAGUUUCCGUAGACUACUUCUUUGAAAAAUGUAUCUUCGAUAGCUGCGCUUGUGAUCAAGGUGGUGAUUGUGAAUGUAUGUGUACAGCUUUGGCUGCCUAUGCUCAGGAAUGUAACAACAGAGGAGUGCCAAUCAAAUGGAGAAGUCCUGAAUUCUGCCCAAUGCAAUGUGACGAACGUUGCACCACUUACAGCCCAUGUAUUUCCACUUGUCCAGAAGAAACUUGUGACAACCUCCUCAUGAACAAGAAAUACUCAAAGACUUGCGGUGAAGACAGUUGCAUCGAAGGUUGUGCUCCUAAACGUUGUCCACCUGGAAAAGUUUACAAAAACAGCACCCAUUUAGAAUGUGUACCUUUGCAACAAUGUAAGCCUAUCUGUUUAGUUGUCGACGGCAAAACUUACUACGAAGGAGACCUCAUGGAAGAAGACGAUUGCCACAGUUGUUAUUGUUCCAGAGAAGAAAAGAAAUGCAGUGGUCAGCCUUGCUCAACCACUGUAGUACCAACCAGAUCUACGACCAACCAGAAUGAGCAACAAAUUAACUGUGAAGGUGGUUGGACCGCAUGGAUCAACCAAGACGCUGAGGGAGAAAAAGAAGAUCUUAGAGAAGAGGAAAUUGAACCUGUUCCAUCUUCUACAAUACUGGUUAAUCUAAAGGACUCUGCUAAAUGUAAUUCCGAUAUGAUGGUAGAUAUUGAAUGCAGAACUGUUCUGGGCCGUAUUCCAGCUAAAGAACUCGCUGAUACUGGUUUGGACAUCGAAUGUUCUCUUGAAAGAGGUCUUGUCUGCAAGGCUGGAAACAACAAACUUUGUCCAGACUUUGAGGUCCGAGUCAAUUGCCAAUGUGAAGCCACAACCACUCCAGCUGAAGUAGUUACCUCCACCACAGAGAAAUCUGUCACUACCCAGCGACCAACUGAAGCAACUACAACCCAGAGACCCUCUACUACCGUACGAACCACCACCGAAGAGGUUGUCAUUACUACAGCAGAACCGAUUUGUGUUAUUGGAGAUAGCAAGGAAGAUUUAAGAGACUGUUCAGUCUACUACGUCUGUACUGGAGGAGUACCCAUGACUGAAUGGGUCAAGAUGACCUGUGCAGAUGGCGCAGCUGCAACAACAGCCGAACCAAUACCAACAUGUGCUCCUGGUACCGUAUACGACAAAUGCGCAAUCAGAUGUGACCAACUUUGUCAAUAUUAUGGAUUCUUAGUUAGAGAACAAGGUUAUUGUAAGGGUGAAACAGUAUGUGAAGCUGGAUGCGUAUCAGCUUCAAAGGAUAAAGAAUGCCCUGCUGGAUCAGCUUGGUUGAACGACCAAACAUGUGUAGAUGUUGCUUCAUGUCUUUGUGCUACCGAGGAAGGCAAACCAAUUAAGCCUGGUAAAGUAAUUGAUGAAGGUGAUUGCAAAAAAUGCCAAUGUAUCAACAAUGCUUUCACAUGUCAUGAAGAAGGCUGCACUACUAACUACGAAGUAACUGAAACUGUAACUGAGGGAACUACAACCACCACUGUAAGAUCUACAACGGAAAAAGAACUCGAAUGUACCACAGGCUGGACUUCUUGGAUUAACCAAGACGUGCCAGAAACCGAGGGUGAAUUAAGAACAGAAGAUAUUGAACCUAUUCCUUCAACUUCGAUAUUGCAAUACCUGAAGGACUCGCCCAAAUGUGACUAUGAUAUGAUGGUUGAUAUCCAAUGUAGAACCGUCAAGGGUGGUUUUUCUGCUAGCCAAGUUGCCAAAGAAACUGGGUUAGAUAUUGAAUGUUCUCUAGAAAAGGGUCUAGUCUGUAAAGCUAAUUCACCUGACAACUUAUGCCCAGAUUUUGAAGUACGAGUCAAAUGUCAGUGUGAGCCAACUACAACUUCAAGUACCAGUAGGCCUACUACCAGUACUACCACAGUUGCACCAACAACUACCAGCACAGCUACUUCAACAACCCCAGAAGAAUUCGAGUGUCAAACUGGUUGGACUUCUUGGAUAAACCAGGAUGUUCCAAACACUGAAGGUGAAUUAAGACAGGAAGAUGUAGAACCAGUUCCUUCCACAUCAAUACUAUCACACUUGAAAGAUUCACCUAAAUGUGACAGUGAUAUGAUGGUUGAUAUUCAAUGUAGAACUGUUAAGGAUGGAGUAUCUGCUUACACUAUUGCCAAAGAAACAGGAUUAGACAUUGAAUGUUCUUUGGACAGGGGAUUGAUAUGUAAAGCGACAGGAGAUGGCAACUUAUGUCCUGAUUUUGAAGUGCGCGUGAAAUGCCAGUGUGAACCUACAACAGUAACAAAGGCCACAACAAGACCUACAGCACGAACAGAACCAACAAGUAAAGUAACCAGCAGACCUACUAUUGCUACUGCCCCCACUGAAAUAACAGAAGAACCUGUAACUACAAAGAAGGCUACCUCUUCAAGUAGCGCCCCUACCACAGCAGAAGUGGAAAUUGGAUGUGAAACUGGCUGGACUUCAUGGAUUAACCAAGACGUCCCAUCUGUUGAAGGUGAAUUGAGAGAAGAAGAUAUCGAACCCGUUCCAUCAACUUCUAUCUUGCAAUACCUUAAAGACUCUCCAAAAUGUGACUACGAUAUGAUGGUUGACAUUCAAUGUAGAACCGUCAAAGGAGGUUUCUCUGCUAGUGAAGUCGCCCAGUCAACUGGCCUGGAUAUUGAAUGUUCGUUGGAGAAGGGUUUGGUCUGCAAAGCAAAUUCACCUGACAAUUUAUGUCCAGAUUUCGAAGUACGCGUUAAAUGUCAAUGUGAGCCAACUACAACUGCAAAGGUAACUAAACAACCAACUACUACAGCUUUACCAACAGAAACAGAAACUGAGGAAGAAACAACUACAAGGAAAGCAACAACCACCACCACUGUGGCACCAACUACUGAAGAACCUGGAUGCCAAACUGGAUGGACUUCAUGGAUUAACCAGGAUGUUCCAAAUAAUGAAAGUGGACUUAGAGAAGAAGAUAUAGAACCUGUUCCUUCUACUGAAAUACUUCAACAUUUGAAAGAUUCUCCAAAAUGUGACUCAGAUAUGCUCGUCGAUAUUCAAUGCAGUACUGUAGAAGGAGUCUCUGCUUACACGGUAGCUAAGGAAACAGGUCUGGACAUUGAAUGUUCUUUAGAAAGAGGUUUAAUAUGUAAAUCUACCGACCCUAACAAUUUAUGCCCAGACUUUAAAGUACGCGUGAAAUGUCAAUGUGAACCAACUACCGUCACCAAAGUUACAACUAGACCUACAGAGACAACCAGAACUACCAAGAAAGUAACCACUAGACCUACAAUUGCAACAGCUCCAACAGAAAUCACAGAAGAAGUUACUACCAGAAAGAUAUCAAGCACGAGUCAAGCUCCAACUCAAACCACUACCCAAGAAAUUACUUGUGAAACUGGCUGGACUUCUUGGAUCAAUCAAGAUGUUCCACCAACUGAAGGUGAAUUGAAAGAAGUAGACAGAGAACCAAUUCCAUCAAUCUCGAUAAUUCAAUCUCUCAAAGACUCACCCAAGUGUGACUACGAUAUGAUGGUUGAUAUUCAAUGCAGAACUGUCAAAGGAGGUUUUUCUGCUAGCGAAGUUGCUGAAUCUACUGGUUUGGAUAUAACAUGUUCCCUAGAACAAGGUUUAGUAUGCAAUUCAAAUGGAAAUGGCAAGUUAUGUCCUGACUUUGAAGUGCGUCUUAGAUGUCAAUGCGAAGGUACAACAACCGUAACUACAAGAAAACCUACUAGUAAAGCUCUUCCCACAGAAACUGAAGUCACUGAGGAAGAAUUAACUUCCACAACAAGCAAAGCCACCACUCAAUCGACACAAACAACUGAAGUAGAUAUAGGUUGUGAAACUGGCUGGACUUCAUGGAUUAACCAAGAUGUUCCAAGAAACGAAGAUGAAUUACGAAAAGAAGACAUCGAACCUGUUCCUUCUACUUCAAUAUUGAAAUACUUGAAGGACUCACCCAAAUGUAAUUCUGAUAUGUUUGUUAACAUUCAAUGUAGAACUGUUAAAAAUGGUGAUUCAGCUUACAAAGUUUCAAAAGAAACAGGUCUAGAUAUCGAAUGUUCCCUAGAAAAUGGACUGGUUUGUAGAUCGCCUGGCAACGAAUCACUGUGUCCAGACUUCGAAGUCAGAGUAAAAUGUCAGUGUGAAGCCACCACAGUUACUAAGGCAACUACAAGCCAUACAACUAAGAUAUUGCCAACAGAAACUACAGAAGGUGUAACAACUACUAUUAAACUUACAACAAGACCAACCAUUAAGACAGCUCCAACUGAAAUAACGGAAGAAAUAACCAGCACCACCAGAACAGUAACAACUACCAGCAGAGUUACUCCUGUACCCACACAAACAACUACUGAAGAAAAAAUUGAAUGUCUAACUGGAUGGACUUCAUGGAUUAACCAAGAUGUUCCAACAAAUGAAGACGAACUUAAAGAAAAUGAUGUUGAACCAGUUCCUUCUACAUCUGUUCUUAAAUACUUAGAGGACUCACCCAAAUGUGGCUAUGAUAUGAUGGUUGAUAUCCAAUGUAGAACUGUGAAAGGAGGUUUCUCUGCUAGUGAAGUUUCAAAGGAUACAGGUUUGAAUAUAGAAUGCUCACUCGAACAAGGACUUGUCUGUCAAUCACCUGGAAGUGAAAAGGCCUGUCCAGACUUUGAAGUCCGAGUAAGGUGUCAGUGCGAAAGCACCACUACAUCAACAACAAGAGUGACUACAAAAACAACAAGCAAAUCUCUUCCAACCGAAGUUACGGAAGAAGAAACAACAUCAACAACAAGAAGAACACAGCCAACAACAAAACUUCUACCAACAGAAACAACGGAAGAGGAAACUGUUACAACAAAAAGAACCAAACCAACAGAAAGAACUAACAAACCUACUGAAACAACUGAACCUGAAGUGGAGUGUACAACUGGCUGGACUAGUUGGAUUAACCAAGAUGUUCCAAUCAGUGAAGGUGAACUCAAAGAAACAGAUAUUGAACCAGUGCCUUCAACGUCUGUUCUUCAAUACUUAAAAGACUCUCCCAAAUGUGGCUAUGACAUGAUGGUCGAUAUCCAAUGUAGAACUGUAAAAGGAGGUUUCUCUGCUACUGAAGUUUCUAAGGGUACUGGUUUGGAUAUAGAAUGUUCACUUGAAAAUGGACUUGUCUGUAAAUCACCUGGAAACGAAAAAGCAUGUCCAGACUUUGAAGUACGAGUAAGAUGUCAGUGCGAAGGUACCACUACGACAACAACAAGAGUGACUACCAUAACAACGAGCAAAUCUCUUCCAACGGAAGUUACGGAAGAAGAAACAACAUCAACAACAAAGAGAACCAGACCCACAGAAAGAACUAACAAACCUACUGAAACAACUGAACCUGAAGUGGAGUGCACAACUGGCUGGACUAGUUGGAUUAACCAAGAUGUUCCAAUCACUGAAGGUGAACUCAAAGAAACAGAUAUCGAACCAGUUCCUUCAACGUCUAUCCUUCAAUUCUUAAAAGACUCACCAAAAUGUGGUUAUGACAUGAUGGUCGAUAUCCAAUGUAGAACUGUAAAAGGAGGUUUCUCUGCUAGUGAAGUUUCUAAGGAUACAGGUUUGGAUAUAGAAUGCUCACUUGAAAAUGGACUUGUCUGUAAAUCACCUGGAAACGAAAAAGCAUGUCCAGACUUUGAAGUACGAGUAAGGUGUCAGUGCGAAGGUACCACCACGACAACAACAAGAGUGACUACCAAAACAACGAGCAAAUCUCUUCCAACGGAAGUUACGGAAGAAGAAACAACAUCAACAACAAGAAGAACUAAACCAACUAGCAAACCUACUGAAACAACUGAACCUGAAGUGGAGUGUACAACUGGCUGGACUAGUUGGAUUAACCAAGAUGUUCCAACCACUGAAGGUGAACUCAAAGAAAAUGAUAUUGAACCAGUUCCUUCAACGUCUAUUCUUCAAUACUUGAAAGACUCACCCAAAUGUGGCUAUGACAUGAUGGUCGAUAUCCAAUGUAGAACUGUAAAAGGAGGUUUCUCUGCUAGUGAAGUUUCUAGGAAUACAGGUUUGGAUAUAGAAUGUUCACUUGAAAAUGGACUUAUCUGCAAAUCACCUGGAGACGAAAAAGCAUGUCCAGACUUUGAAGUGCGAGUAAGAUGUCAGUGCGAAGGUACCACAACGACAACAACAAGAGUGACUACCAAAACAACGAGCAAAUCUCUUCCAACAGAAGUCACGGAAGAAGAAACAACAUCAACAACAAGGAGAACUAAACCCACAGAAGGAACUAACAAACCUACUGAAACAACUGAACCUGAAGUGGAGUGCACAACUGGCUGGACUAGUUGGAUUAACCAAGAUGUUCCAACCAGUGAAGGUGAAUUCAAAGAAACUGAUAUUGAACCAGUUCCUUCAACAUCUAUUCUUCAAAACUUAAAAGACUCGCCCAAAUGUGGCUAUGACAUGAUGGUCGAUAUCCAAUGUAGAACUGUAAAAGGAGGUUUCUCUGCUAGUGAAGUUUCUAAGGACACAGGCUUGGAUAUAGAAUGCUCACUUGACAAUGGACUUGUCUGUAAAUCACCUGGAGACGAAAAAGAAUGUCCAGACUUUGAAGUACGAGUAAGAUGUCAGUGCGAAGGUACCACCACGACAACAACAAGAGUGACUACCAAAACAACGAGCAAAUCUCUUCCAACGGAAGUUACGGAAGAAGAAACAACAUCAACAACAAGGAGAACUAGACCAACAAAAGGAACUAACAAACCUACUGAAACCACUGAACCUGAAGUGGAAUGUACAACUGGCUGGACUAGUUGGAUUAACCAAGAUGUUCCAAUCACUGAAGGUGAACUCAAAGAAACAGACAUUGAACCAGUUCCUUCAACAUCUGUUCUUGAAUACUUAAAAGACUCACCCAAAUGUGGUUAUGAUAUGAUGGUCGAUAUCCAAUGUAGAACUGUAAAAGGAGGUUUCUCUGCUAGUGAAGUUUCUAAGGACACAGGUCUGGAUAUAGAAUGCUCACUUGAAAAUGGACUUGUCUGUAAAUCACCUGGAGACGAAAAAGAAUGUCCAGACUUUGAAGUACGAGUAAGAUGUCAGUGCGAAGGUACCACCACGACAACGACAAGAGUGACUACCAAAACAACGAGCAAAUCCCUUCCAACGGAAGUUACGGAAGAAGAAACAACAUCAACAACAAGGAGAACUAGACCAACAGAAGGAACUAACAAACCUACCGAAACAACUGAACCUGAAGUGGAGUGUACAACUGGCUGGACUAGUUGGAUUAACCAAGAUGUUCCAAUCAGUGAAGGUGAACUCAAAGAAACAGAUAUUGAACCAGUUCCUUCAACAUCUGUUCUUCAAUACUUAAAAGACUCACCCAAAUGUGGUUAUGAUAUGAUGGUCGAUAUCCAAUGUAGAACUGUGAAAGGAGGUUUCUCUGCUAGUGAAGUUUCUAGGAAUACAGGUUUGGAUAUAGAAUGUUCACUUGAAAAUGGACUUGUUUGCAAAUCCCCCGGAGGCGAAAAAGCAUGUCCAGAUUUUGAAGUACGAGUAAGAUGUCAAUGCGAAGGUACCACCACGACAACGACAAGAGUGACUACCAAAACAACAAGCAAAUCUCUUCCAACCGAAGUUACGGAAGAAGAAACAACAUCAACAACAAGAAGAACACAGCCAACAACAAAACUUUUACCAACAGAAACAACAGAGGAGGAAACUGUUACAACGAAAAGAACUAGGCCAACAGAAGGAACUAACAAACCUACUGAAACAACGGAACCAGAGGUAGAAUGUACAACUGGCUGGACCUCUUGGAUUAACCAAGAUGUUCCUGUGCAUGAAGAUGAAUUGAGGGAAAAGGAUAUUGAACCAGUACCUACCACUUCAGUACUUCAACAAUUAAAGGAUUCUCCAAAAUGUGACUCUGACAUGGUUGUUGAUAUUCAAUGUAGAACUGUUAAGGAUGAUAAAUCUGCCUAUUUGGUUGCUCAAGAGACCGGUCUAGAUAUUAAAUGCUCUCUUGAGGAAGGUUUAGUCUGUAAUUCAUCUGGAAAUGGUUUGCUAUGUCCAGAUUUUGAAGUACGAGUGAAAUGUCAAUGUGAACCAACAACAACAUCAAGGGUCACUAGACCUACAACUAAAGUUGUUCCAACAGAAACAACUGAAGAAGAAACUACUGGAACUACAAGAAGAGUAACAUCUAGACCCAGAAGCACUGUUGCAGAAACUGAAACUACAGAAACUGAAGUCGGUUGUCAAACUGGCUGGACUUCUUGGAUUAACCAAGAUGUUCCAAGAAACGAGAAUGAAUUGAGAGAACAAGAUAUUGAACCAGUUCCUACUACUGAAAUACUUCAACAUUUGAAGGAUUCUCCGAAAUGUGACUCCGACAUGGUUGUUGAUAUUCAAUGUAGAACUGUUAAGGAUGGUAAAUCGGCCUAUUUGGUUGCUAAAGAGACCGGUCUAAAUAUUCAAUGCUCUCUUGAAGAAGGUUUAGUUUGUAAGUCAUCUGGAAAUAGUUCACUAUGUCCAGAUUUUGAAGUUCGAGUGAAAUGUCAAUGUGAACCAACAACAACAUCAAGGGUCACUAGACCUACAACUAAAGUUCUUCCAACAGAAACAACUGAAGAAGAAACCACUGGAACUACGAGAAGAGUAACAUCCAGACCCACAAGCACUGUUGCAGAAACUGAAACUACAGAAACUGAAGUCGGAUGUCAAACGGGCUGGACUUCUUGGAUUAAUCAAGAUGUUCCAAGAAACGAGAAUGAAUUGAGAGAGGAAGAUAUUGAACCAGUUCCUUCUACUGAAAUACUUCAACAUUUGAAGGAUUCUCCAAAAUGUGACUCUGACAUGGUUGUUGAUAUUCAAUGUAGAACUGUUAAAGAUGGUAAAUCGGCCUAUAAGGUUGCUAAAGAGACCGGUCUAGAUAUUCAAUGCUCUCUUGAAGAAGGUUUAGUUUGUAAAUCAUCUGGAAAUGAAACACUAUGUCCAGAUUUUGAAGUACGAGUGAAAUGUCAAUGUGAACCAACAACAACAUCAAGGGUCACUAGACCUACAACUAAAGUUCUUCCGACAGAAACAACAGAAGAAGAAACUACUGGAACUACAAGAAGAGUAACAUCUAGACCCACAAGCACUGUUGCAGAAACUGAAACUACAGAAAAUGAAGUCGGUUGUCAAACUGGCUGGACUUCUUGGAUUAAUCAAGAUGUUCCAAGAAACGAGGGUGAAUUGAGAGAGGAAGAUAUUGAACCAGUUCCUUCUACUGAAAUACUUCAACAUUUGAAGGAUUCUCCGAAAUGUGACUCCGACAUGGUUGUUGAUAUUCAAUGUAGAACUGUUAAGGAUGAUAAAUCUGCCUAUUUGGUUGCCCAAGAGACCGGUCUAGAUAUUAAAUGCUCUCUUGAAGAAGGUUUAGUUUGUAAAUCAUCUGGAAAUGAUACACUAUGUCCAGAUUUUGAAGUACGAGUGAAAUGUCAAUGUGAACCAACAACAACAUCAAGGGUCACUAGACCUACAACUAAAGUUCUUCCAACAGAAACAACUGAAGAAGAAACCACUGGAACUACGAGAAGAGUAACAUCUAGACCCACAAGCACUGUUGCAGAAACUGAAACUACAGAAAGUGAAGUUGGAUGUCAAACUGGCUGGACUUCUUGGAUUAACCAAGAUGUUCCAAGAAACGAGGAAGAAUUGAGAGAACAAGAUAUUGAACCAGUUCCUUCUACUGAAAUACUUCAACAUUUGAAGGAUUCUCCGAAAUGUGACUCUGACAUGGUUGUUGAUAUUCAAUGUAGAACUGUUAAGGAUGGUAAAUCGGCUUAUAAGGUGGCCCAAGAGACUGGUUUAGAUAUUCAAUGCUCUCUUGAAGAAGGUUUAGUUUGUAAAUCAUCUGGAAAUGAUUCACUAUGUCCAGAUUUUGAAGUUCGAGUGAAAUGUCAAUGUGAACCAACAACAACAUCAAGGGUCACCAGACCUACAACUAAAGUUCUUCCAACAGAAACAACUGAAGAAGAAACUACUGGAACUACAAGAAGAGUAACAUCUAGACCCACAAGCACUGUUGCAGAAACUGAAACUACAGAAAGUGAAGUCGGUUGUCAAACUGGCUGGACUUCUUGGAUUAACCAAGAUGUUCCAAGAAACGAGGAUGAAUUGAGAGAACAAGAUAUCGAACCAGUUCCUUCUACUGAAAUACUUCAACAUUUGAAGGAUUCUCCAAAAUGUGACUCUGACAUGGUUGUUGAUAUUCAAUGUAGAACUGUUAAAGGUGGUGAAUCGGCCUAUAAGGUUGCUCAAGAGACCGGUCUAGAUAUUCAAUGCUCUCUAGAAGAUGGUUUAGUCUGUAACUCAUCUGGAAAUGGUUCACUUUGUCCAGAUUUUGAAGUACGAGUGAAAUGCCAAUGUGAACCAACAACAACAUCAAGGGUCACUAGACCUACAACUAAAGUUGUUCCAACAGAAACAACUGAAGAAGAAACCACUGGAACUACGAAAAGAGUAACAUCUAGACCCACAAGCACUGUUUCAGAAACUGAAACUACAGAAAGCGAAUUCGGUUGUCAAACUGGCUGGACUUCUUGGAUUAACCAAGAUGUUCCAAGAAACGAGGAUGAAUUGAGAGAAGAAGAUAUUGAACCAGUUCCUUCUACUGAAAUACUUCAAUAUUUGAAAGAUUCGCCUAAAUGUGAGUCCAACAUGAUGGUAGAUAUUCAAUGCAGAACUGUGAAAGAUCUAGAAUCAGCCUACAAAGUUGCUCAAGAAACUGGAUUGGACAUUGAGUGCUCUCUUGAAAGAGGUUUAAUUUGUAAAUCUUCAGGAAAUGAAUCCAAAUGCCCAGACUUUGAAGUGAGGGUAAAAUGCCAGUGUGAACCAACUACAAUCACCAAAACCACUUUAAGACCCACAACACAGGCAACACAUCCAACCGAAGUAACUGAAGGCGAAGUCACUACCACCAAGUUAACUACCAGACCCACAAUGGAAACAGCACCUACAGAAAUUACUGAAGAAGUUACAACAACGACCAGAAAAGUAAUCACCACAAGCCACGUGACUUCACAACCUACAGAAACCACUGUUGAAGAAGAAGUUAAUUGCAAGACUGGUUGGACUCCAUGGAUUAAUCAGGACCUUCCAUCAAAUGAAAACGAAUUAAGAGAAGAAGACGUAGAGCCUGUACCUACACCCUCAAUAAUGAAAUAUCUGAAGGAUUCGCCUAAAUGUGGCAUCGAUAAAAUUGUCGCUAUUCAAUGUAGAACUGUUAAAGGAGGAUUCUCUGCAGAAAAUAUUGCUAAGGAAACUGGUCUUGAUAUCGAAUGUUCUUUAGAAAACGGAUUGAUCUGUAAAGCUACUGGAAAAGAUAAUCUCUGCCCAGAUUUUGAAACACGUGUCAAAUGUCAAUGCGAAUCUGUCACAACUACUACAGCAGUAACCAGACCUACUAGCAAAACUGCUCCAACAGAAGUUACAGAAGAAGAAACUACCGGUACAACAACCACUCCUAAACCAACCACUGUAGAAGAACGUACUACUACAGCUACACCAAUGGAACUUAACAAAUCAACUACAACUGUAGCCCCCAAAGUAACAACUGAAGGAGAACUUACUUGUCAACCAGGCUGGUCCACAUGGAUCAACCAAGAAGUUCUUCCAAAGGAUGAAUUAACAGAAGAAGAUAGGGAACCUGUACCAUCUACUGAAGUACUCAAAAACUUGGAAAAUUCACCAAAAUGUGAUAGGGAUAUGGUUGUUGACAUUCAGUGUAGAACAGUUAGAAAUGGUGUAUUAUCCUACAUAGUAGCUCAGAGUACUGGUCUAGAUAUCGAAUGCUCUCUGCAACAUGGUUUGGUUUGCAAAGCUACUGAAAAUAGCAUUACCUUGUGUCCAGACUUUGAAGUACGCGUGAAAUGUCAAUGUGAAUUCACCACAACUGCUACACCACCAACAGAGUUAUCAGAAAUAACUGAACCUCCAUUCGUUACCAAGAAAAAGACCACUGCUGGUGUAUACACCACACCUUCAACUACACUCAGUGAAGUCACCGAAGAAUUCGUAACCAAAAAAGAACGUACCGAUGCUCAAACGCCUGGAACUGUUACUACACCCGCUGGAACAUCUUAUGCAACUCCAAGCGUUACACCACCAAGUGAAUGUGCUAAAGACAGCUUCGUUCCACUUAUCCAAGGUGACCUUCCAUUACCUGAUGAAGCAUUCAGUGCUAGCAGCGUUUUAGAAGAUAUCUUCGCACCAAACAAUGCAAGAUUGGACAGCGAUGUCAGCGAAACUUCUGGUGGAAGCUGGGCUCCUAGGUAUACGAACGAAAACCAAUUCUUAGAAAUCGAUCUUGGAAGACAAGAACCUGUUUACGGAGUAAUUGUUAAGGGAAGUCCAUUAUACGACGAAUAUGUUACAAGUUACAGAGUGUUAUACAGUCCAGAUGGUCAUAUAUUCUACUACGUUUUGGAUAAGAAUACUAAAUUGCCAAUAAUAUUCAGAGGUUCUACCGAUGCAACGACUGAAGUCAAACAAUUCUUCGAUGAACCUGUUGAAGCAACGAAGAUUCGUAUUAAUCCAAAAACAUGGAAUAACGGAAUCUCUUUAAGAGUUGAACUUAUUGGAUGUGGAGAAAUGCAAACUUCUACCACUCUAACCGCCAAACCUACUAAACAUACCAGGCCAACCCAUCGUACCAGAAGACCUACCACUCGCCAUUCAACCACCACGACUCACAAACCCACAACCAUAAUUGUUCAUACUACAGUAGCACCACAGAUUUGUGACGAUCCUCUUGGUCUUACUGAUGGCACCCUAUCCCUGUCUCAAAUUUCAGUAAGUUCUUCUGUCGACGUCAGACAUGACAAAGCUAGUCUUAAACUCAACAGUGAAUCCGCUUGGCAACCACUUACCAACUCACCUACUGAAUGGAUAGUGGUCGAUUUCUUGGAACCAAAAGAAUUAACUGGUUUGAUCACCAAGGGAGGACCCGAUGGUUGGGUUGAAAAUUACGUUGUCCAAUAUUCCCACGACGGAAUAAACUGGAACAAAGUUUUGUAUCAACAAAAAGAACGACUUUUCCCUGGAAACUACAACAGCAACCUUCCUCAAGUGAACUACUUUGAAUUACCAGUCAGGGCUAGAUACUUGAAGGUCAUUCCUAAGAAAUGGAAGAACACAAUUCAGAUGAGACUUGAAGUACAAGGUUGCUACGUCCCAUACCCUACUACUACACCCAAGGAAGUCACACCAUCAACUACUACCACUGCAUACGAAUGUAACUACUGUCCUGGAGUAAUCGAUACCAAUGUUGAACUUGACGUCUGCAAAUGCUUACCAACCAAAUACUGGGAUGGAAACAGAUGUGUUGACAGACCUGAAUGUCCUUGUGUAGUUGGUGUUGUCAAAUAUCCAGUUGGAGCCGUAUUUGAAAAGGAGGAUUGUUCAGAAUGUGUCUGCAAACUUGGUGGAGUUGAAUACUGUGAACCUAAGAAAUGUCAACCUUGUGGACCGGGUAUGAGAAGCACUGUAACAGCAACAUGUGCCUGUACCUGCAAAUUCUGCGAAGAAGGAACAACUCUAUGCCCAACGAGUAACAUUUGUAUCAACUCAACUCUAUGGUGCAACGGUGUCGUAGAUUGUCCUGAUGAUGAGGUUAACUGUGCUACAACUACUUCCCCAACUCCUGAAGUAAGUUCAGCUCUUCCAGAAGAGACUACCACACCUGGCGUGGAAACUAGUCCUACACCAAAAGAAGUAACCACUAAACAAACACCCAAACCUACUGAAGCUACAAGACCAACAACAGAAGUUUCUACUGGUAGCCCCGAAGUUUCUACUCCUCAACCUACCGCACAAACAACUCAAAGUACCACAGUUUCUGUAUUCACUACCAAAGCUCCAGUGACUACCACCAACAAACCUACUACGCCCAAAGAAGAGUGUAUCGAAAUAGUAUGUCCUCCUGGAUUUAAAAGGGUAGAAAAGAAAAAGAACAACAAGAAAACUACCAAUAAAUAUACAUCACAAAUGAUAAGAAACCAAGGCACCAAGGGUGGUACUAAAGGAGGCACCAAAGGAGGUACUAAAGGAGGAAGCCAACCUGUCAAACAACCACCCAAAUGGAAACUACCUUCACCUUCUUACCCAACUAAGGGAGGCAACAACGGCCUCGAACAAUUAGUAGAAGACGAAUGUAAAGUAUACGUUUGUGUACCAGAUUUCACUGGUGGAGAAGUUUGUCCUACGGUUGAGUGUCUCUAUGGAUUAAUUUUAGUUCUAGACGAAUCUACUGAUGAAUGUCAAGAAUUCCACUGUGAAGUUCCACCUAAACCAGAUGCAACAUGUAAAGUUACUGGAAAAACUUUCGAAACGUUUGACAACGUUGAAUAUAAAUAUGACAUAUGUAAUCAUGUGUUGGCUAGAGAUUUGGAACACGACGAUUGGGAAAUAUCAUUGAGAAAGGCCUGCACAACAACUUGCUCUAGAGACCUAAUCAUUCAACAUGACUGGCAACAAUUCAUCAUCCACCCCGACUUCACUAUGGAAUACGACGGAUACACCUACACCUUGGACCAAGCUAUCAAACUAGCUGAAAGACAGGAUGACUUCUCACUGCAACAAGUUGGUAACACCGUCUUGUUCACUUCAACCAAAUAUGGUUUCUGGGUUGUUUGGAAUCGCGAUGCUGACGUCAAGAUUGGAGUUGAUCAAGAACUUAUCGAAAAGAAAGAAGGAGACAAGAGGAAGCCUGAUGGUGGCUUGAGUAAGACUACUGAAGAAUUUGGAGAUAGUUGGGCCCUAUCGCACGACCAACCUCAAAUUUGUGAAGCUAGAUCUUGCCCAGAUGAAAAACAGGACAAGGCAUGGCAGAUCUGUAACAAAGUCAGGGAGCAAUCUCUCGACAAGUGUGGCCAUGUAUUAGAUGUUGAAUCGUUCUUAUCAAAAUGUUUGGAAACAACAUGUACUUGCUUAGAACACGCAGUCGAAGACUCUAAAGCAGAAGAAUCAUGCAAAUGUGAAGCUUUACAAAACUUCGUUGUCGAAUGUCUUUCCAAAGACCCAUCUGUUGAUAUAUCUGAUUGGAGAGUAGAACAAAAUUGCCCUACUGAAUGUGAAGCUCCAUUGAUCUUCCAAGAUUGUUACCAAAGAAGAUGUGAACCAAGCUGUAAUACCUUCUCCGAUCCAAGCGUAUGUCCUAAAGUCAGUGAUAUGUGUUUCCCUGGUUGUUACUGUCCUCCUGGUUACGUCAAAGAAGGAGACAAAUGUAUUCCUCCAUCUAGCUGUAAGAAUUGCGAAUGUGACCUCCUACCUCAUGUAACUUACGUCACUUACGAUGAUAACGAAUUCACCGUCAAUGGAAAUUGUGUCUAUGUCAUGUCAAGGGAUGAAGUUGCUAUUGGACAGGAACAUCAAUUCCAGGUUCUUGUUACUAACCACCCAUGUGCAAACUCUAAAGGAGGUAACCAUAAGAUGUGUAUAGGAAAAAUCACCAUCCUAUACCAAGGCCACAAAAUACAUGUUCUUAAGGACGAAAACAGACCAAGAUUAAAACUUAUCAUGGACGGAGAAGUAAUCGAUGAUUAUUCUGAAGUUAAGCACGUCGUAAACGUUCACAGAGAUUCAAAUGGCGAUAUGAAGAUUCUUUUGCCUACGAUCCAAGUUGAGGUAUUAGUAACCUACCCAACACUUGCAUCUAGUGUUAAGGCACCAUCUUACAUCUUCGAAGGAAAGCUUGAAGGUAUUUGCGGUAACUGCAAUGGAAAACCCAAGGAUGACUUCAAAAAACCAGAUGGAAAUCAACCUAAAGAUGAUUUAGACUUUGGAUUGAGCUGGCUGUACGAAGGUCUUCCUCAAAACAAAGAAGAAUGUGGCGCUGAGAAAGAAGAAACAUGCGUACCAGAUCCCACACAACCUGAUCCAUGCGAACAAUUAUUGGAUGUAAACAAAUUUGGAAAGUGUGCAAACCUUUUGGAUCCAACUUCAUACUUGGAUUGGUGUCAAAGAGAUACUUGCAAAGGAGAUCCAGCCGAAUCUUGCGCUGCUCUUGAGGCAUACGCCAAAGACUGCGCCAAGUUUGGCUUCUGUGUUAACUGGAGAAACGAUCUUUGCCCAGCUCCAGUCUGUGCUCCUGGUUUGUUCUACUCACCAUGCGGACCAGCUCAUCCAGAAACUUGCGAGACUAUCAUAGAGGGUACCAAAGGAGGUAUAAAGGGAGGAAAGAAAAAUAUUCCUACUGAGGGAUGCUUCUGUCCUAAAGGAAAGGUUCUAUUAAACGAGACUUGUGUUACAUCAAGAGAAUGUAUAACUUGUGACAACGAAGGACAUCAUCCUGGAGAUGUAUGGAAGAAGGACAAAUGUACAAAAUGUAAAUGCCAAGGUACCAACUUGGAAUGUCAAAAACAAGAAUGUGUUGAUCCAUCGACUAUUUGUGAACACGGAUACAAUGCCGUCAAAGUACCAACUGCUGCAGACGAAUGCUGUGACAAAUAUACUUGCAUUCCUGGACCUACUUUCUCACCAACUUGCGAACCGCCACAAAACUUGGUAUGUGGUAAGGAUCAAGUAACCAGACUUACUACCAAGUCGAAUGGCUGCCAAUCUUACAUUUGUGAAUGCAAACCUCUAGAAGAAUGUGAAGAAAUUGAUCUUACUUCCACAGAACCAUUGGAACCAGGAUACGUCAAAGAAAUUGACACCAACAGCAGCUGUUGUCCAGUCAUCAACUAUGUUUGCAAGAAAGACAGGUGUCCAGUCAUAGAACCCUGUCCACCAUUCUACUCAGUUAAGAUAGAAGAAGGUGAAUGUUGUCCAACCUACUCUUGCGAGGCUCCAGAAAAAUGUAUUGCUGAAACUGGAUACACAUCUGCCGCUGAAGGUGGUGAACGUCCAUUGAACGAUUUGGAAAAACAAAAACUGCUUAAGAACGCUAAUGACACCUGGAAUGACGGACCCUGUAGAACUUGCAAAUGUCUACACAACAGUAAUAACAACGCCUUCAUUACAUCCUGCUCCAAGACCAAUUGCCCCAUCAUGGAACAGAGCUCAGACUUUGAUGAUUACGAAUUAAUUGCCGAAUACGUCUACCAACAGUGUUGUCCUACUUACAAACGAGUUGCUUGCAAAUACAACGGUAAAGUACAAGAAGUAGGAGACACAUGGUACAUGGAAGGUGACUACUGUACAUCUAUUAUGUGUGUCAAAUCUGAUGCCGGAUAUAUUCAGAAGCAGAACCAAGUCAAACACUGUGAAGUCAAUUGUGAUUAUGGAUUUGAAUACGUCGCACCAACUGUGGAAUCCAAAGAAUGUUGCGGAUACUGCAAACAAAUCGCUUGUGUUGUUGAAGGAACAAUCUAUGAAAUUGGAGAAGAAUGGUCAUCUCCAGAUGCUUGUACCAAAUAUGUGUGCACAGAUGUUGAAGGUUUGAUUCAAGUUAGAGCUCAACUUACUAACUGUCCGGUAAUUUCUCAAGACGAUAUCAAAAACUUUGUUAUUCAAGAAGAGAUUGUCAAAGGACAGUGUUGUCCCAAACACGUGAAGACAGCUUGCAAAGUUGAUGGCAAUAUUGUUAAGGUUGGAGAAACAUGGCCCUCAGCAGAUGAUAAAUGCAAGAGCUACAAAUGUAAUGAAAAAGGAGAACAAGAACUUGUCCUUCAAGAAUCCGUCCAGUUCUGCAAGACUGAAUGUGCAAAGGGUUGGGAAUACAAACCAUCUGAAACAAAAUGCUGUGGUCAAUGUGUCCAAGUAUCGUGUGUCAUUGAGAACGAAGUAUGGCUAGAAGGUCAAACCUGGAAAUCAGAAGAUAAUUGUACAACAUUCAGUUGUGAAAGAUUGGGAGACCAAUAUUCGAUUGUAAGUCAGCAAGAAUCUUGCCCACCGUUCGAUAGUUCUUGCGAUCCUAAAGACAUAUACGUAAAGGGAUGUUGUCAAUACUGCAACUCUACUGGAGAAGCACUAACACAAUGUAUGGCCCUUCCAGUUCCCGAAAAACAAACCAUUGGACUAUUGAAAUACUCUGAAUGUUCCAAUAUCAACCCGAUCAAGAACUUCACAGAAUGUGUUGGUAGCUGUGAAUCUGCAACUACCUUCAAUCCAGUUUUGGGAAUGCUGCAAUCCAAAUGUUCUUGUUGUCAAGCUGUCGCCUUCAAUGCAUUACAAGUCGAACUUCAAUGCCCUGACGGCAGUGUGCUCAAGAAGGACAUAGAAGUACCAUCCAAAUGUAACUGUAACAUAACCGCUUGCGAAGGAAACUUGAAAACUAUCGAACCCAGGUCCAUCGUUCACAGAGGAAGAAGAUAUGGCGUCUAUUAAAAGAUAGAAUAGUUUGUUUUAUGACUAGUGUCACGUGUUUUAUUAUUAAUAUGUAAGAGUUUUAUUAGAGUUAAAUAAAGUUGGUUGAUGUUGA